CACAUCUUUCUAUCUUCUCAUUCUUCUUCUCCUCAGAUCUCAAACUCUUACAUUUCGUUUCACUUUUCAAACGACAAAAGACCAAUAGCAUGGGUCAUGAAUGUAUCGAUGCAUCCAAGAAGUUCAAAUUUAGUGACGAUGUCAAAAGUGGAGUGACUGAGAUUGUUCUUGUUCGCCAUGGAGAAACCACUUGGAAUGCUGCCGGAAGAAUCCAGGGACAAAUGGAGUCAGAUCUUAACGAAAUUGGACAAAAGCAGGCUGUUGCAAUCGCUGAUAGAUUGGGGAAAGAAGAGAGAUCCGUAGCUGUGUAUUCAUCAGACCUCAAGCGAGCCAAGGAAACUGCUCUGAUGAUAGCAGAAACAUGUUUUUGUUCAGAGGUGAUUGAAAUACCUGACUUAAAGGAGAGGCAUGUGGGUAGUCUUCAAGGACUGUACUGGAAAGAAGGAGCAGAGAAAGAACCUGAAGCUUACUCUGCUUUCUUUUCUUCUCAAAAUCAUCUCGAGAUUCCUGGAGGAGGAGAGAGCUUUGACCAACUCUGUGAGAGAUCCAUGAAUGCGCUUGAGCAAAUUGCCAAGAAGCACAAAGGAGAGAGAGUGAUAGUGGUGACUCAUGGAGGAGUGUUGAGGGCAAUUUAUUUGAUGAUCACGAAAGCUUCAUCCGCCGGAAAACUCCUUAAUGCUUCGGUGAAUGUUGUUCACUACCGUGAGGAGAAAUGGAUCAUUGAUUCGUGGAGCGAUGUUUCUCAUCUCUCUUCCGUUGGAUUUCUCCAACGUGGUUUUGAUGGAGACUCCAAGCCCUAGAAAACUAUCCUCUUCCCUAUUGUUUCUGACAAUC